CGGAAUAUGUGUCACUUUAACUCUGGCCUCUUCUAUCGACAUGAGCUCUUGCAGGAGUACUGGUACUAUUGGAGAGUCGAGCCAGACAUCCAGCUUUUCUGCGACGUGGACUACGAUCCCUUUCUCAUGAUGCAAGACCAAAACAAGGUGUGUGGCUUUACCAUAGCAAUAUCCAAAAUCCCAGCUACCAUCCCAACGCUAUGGAACGUUGUAAAG